AACAUUAAUCUACAAGACUUAGAAGCGGAUCUUGCCAGUCGAUGCACCACGUCUACAUCACAGCCAGAUCCAAACCAAGAACAAAAGCCAUCUAUCCAGAAACUUUCCCUUGAUACAUUAUCGUUAUGUUUCAGUGAUACUAACCCAAUAACUGAGAAUAACCUAGUGAAGAUUCUCGAGUGGAUUGCUUGUCAAUUUACAGAUCUAGAAUGGUUGUUCUUAGACAAUCUUGAGGUUUCGCAGGUUGAACAAAAGAAGAUGUUAGCCCACAAUUACCACGUCAAUGGGUUAGAUGUCUUCAGAUGCGAUUCCAUAUCACCUAAACUCCCAAGAAUUACAUUGCUUGCCGGCAAUACUCAGAAUAUCAGACUAGCAGAGUUUAAUAUCUCUCGUCCUGAUAUUGUUGUCGUAGAGUAUGCAAUGAUACCUCACAUUCUUAAACUGGACCUUACUGGGAUGGAUUCUGAGGCACAUUUGUACAAACUCGCAACGGCUAUAAAGAAGUCUACCUCCAUUAUAUGUUCAAUGUGUUCUUUAAGUCUUUAUCGGCCAAAUGAGGAGAACAAAACAGACAAUAAGAUGCAUGUUGAGAUAGAUAAUGGCAUGAGUGGCGAGGUGCGUGAAGAAGAAAGCAAGGAAAAUGGUGUGUAUCAAGCGAUAACAAAGAAGGCAAACCCAGAUACUGUGGAAGAUUCUUCAAGCUUUAAUCCAGAGUUGCACUUUAAAACAAUCUGCUAUUUCGCUUGCGAACACCUAUCCUGUCUUAAAUGUGUAUCGAAGAUGGGGAUGCCCCACGAGGAUUUACUAAAGUGUCCAACUUGUAAGAAACAUGCCAGCCGCCAGAAAGCUUGCCAGCUUGUAUAUGCGCCUCUGCCCAACCUUGUUCUUGUCCAAAGCAAUAUUCCAACCUCUAUCCCAGAGUCCCAACAAUCUAAGAUUACAACAUGGCGUAAGGCCCCUACAUUCUUCUAUGCCUCUUAUGAAAAAGCAGAUUGGGCCCGUUCUGAGAUCUUCAGACAAGCAACUUAUGACACUUCCGACCCACUCCAUGUCAUGUUCGUCUAA